CAUUACACCGUCGCACUUCACACUUUUAUAGCUCUGUGCUUGUUUCCAUUCGUGGGCAAAGCCCCAACAUCCAUUGUUCUAGAAGGCCUUGGCUGGUCGUUCUCGAUAUUUCAACGCAGCUUUUAGAAAUGUUGACGUCUAAUAAGAAACGAAAGCUGCAGCAUGGAUUGGAUACAGCGCCAAAGGCGGCCAAGCCCGCACGCGCCGACGGCAAGUCGCCUGUGAACCUGGACUCUCGUUUCCAAAUGGACAGCGACUUUUCGGAAUCGGACGAUGAACACGGCCACGAUGCACCUAAAACCGCUGGUCGGGGGCCGCGUCCAUUGCUAUCCAUGGCUGCCACGCCAUCUGCGAGGACCGCUGCAACUCCAGCAACAGCUAAGACGGCGCGAAAGCAGGCCUCAAAGCGUACCCCAGCCCCAGAAAAGCAAACGGAGGCUACUGGCGACGACGGAAAGCUUGCUGGGGACGAUACGGCAGUCCAGGAUGGCAAGACAGAUGGUGGCGCAGGGGCGGGGCCCCGCAGCGGCGAUGCCGAGGACCGGGACCCCGAUCAGCAGCAGGCGUUGGGAGCGGCCCCAGGGGGCGAUACCUCUGGCGCAGCUGAUGGCGCAGGCGAGGAAGGAACAUCGGGCAGUGGCGAGGAAGGCGCAUCGGGCAGUGGCGACGAAGGGCAAGAGCAGCAGCCGCAGCAGCAGGAGGAGGAGGGCCAGCAGCGGAAGGCGAAGAAGGUGCUGUCCAAGCGGAAAUUGGAACGCGUGAAGGAGGCCAGUGACCGUCGCGGCAUCGUGUACGUCUCCCGCAUCCCGCCCCACAUGAAGCCCCACAAGCUGCGGCAGCUGCUGGAGCCCUUUGGCGAGCUGGGCCGGGUGUACUGCGCGCCGGAGGACCCCUCGCUGCGGCGCAUGCGCAAGAAGAAGGGCGGUAACUCGGGCAAGAACUUCACGGAGGGGUGGGUGGAGUUCGAAGACAAGCGCCGGGCCAAGCGCGCCGCCCUAGCGCUCAACGGGCAGCCCAUGGGCGGCUCCAAGCGCUCCGCCUACCACUACGACCUCUGGACCAUCAAGUACCUUCCCAAGUUCAAGUGGGACACGCUGACGGAGGAAAUCAACUACCAGCGGGCGGUGCGCGAGCAGCGGCUGGUGGCGGAGAUCAGCGCGGCCAAGCGGGAGCGCGACUUCUACCUGUCCAGGGUGGACAAGGCGAAGGCCAUCGACGCUAUCCAGGAGCGCCGCGCCAAGAAGGAACAGCAGCAGCAGCAGCAACCGGGAGCAACAGGCGGGGACGGGGCACAGCCCGACUCAUCCGCGCCGCAAAGGCAGCAGCCAGCCGAGCAGAACGGCGCUGGGGCAGCUGCGGCUGCGGACAAGGGCAAGGCAGGGGGCGGCAAGGGCCCGCGGUUCGAGCGGCAUUUCGGUCAGCGUCGCGCCAAGGCGGAUCCCGUGCUUGACGACCGGGCGCCUGUGCUUGCGGAUGAUUUGCUGGGGCUGCUGGGACGCAGGAAGUAGGGGCAGUGGUGCGGCAGGGGCAGUAACAGUAGGAGGGGCAGAAACAGUAGCAGGGACAGCAGUAGGAGGGGCAGUAGUUGCAGCAGGGGCAGUAGUAGCAGGGGUGUACCUACUCUCCCUCCAGUAAUUGAUGGAGGGGGAUUGCUAGCAGCAGCAGUAGCGAUAAUAGUUGUGGGGCUUGGUUUCUUCCUCUCGGGGCUGUCGGUGUAUGCCGCCCUUCCGCAGGGUAGUGGGUAGUUGGGUAGCUACUCAGCAGUGUCUUGCGUGUGCUUUGGCAGGCGUUGGAAUUCUUGUGCGUUGUUCCUGCUAUUACGAGAAUGGACCGGCGCAUGGGACUUAUAAAAGCGGGGGCGGACGUAACAGUGGUUUCGGCAGAGGAAUGCCACGUGUGAGCAGGCGGUGGCGGCAGCAUGCUAGCCAGGGUCACACUACCGUAGUUAGGGUCACACAGACUCCAGUGUCUUCGGUGGAAGCAGCGGAGGGCUGUAGGCGGAUACAGCAGCGCACGUGAGAUGACUUCGGGCAAGCUGAACUUGCACGGGAAAGUACUACAACCCCCAUCCUAGCACGUAGCACUCGGGAGGGCCACCUGCUGUUGCGGGGCUUGGCGCCAGCUGGGGCAUCUCAUUGGUGAAACGACUCAACUUUAGGCAUCACGCUCGGUCCUCGGAUUUUAUCCUUUGGGGGCGUGGAAAUUGCACGAAAACCACAGCGAGUAUGCUUCCGAAUGGCUGAGAGGUGCAAGCCGCUUCCUCUUGACGUGCAAAGGAGGAGGGUUCGGUGUACGGCAGCGAUCAGCGAGGUCGUUGGGUAGUUGCGUCAUGUCACGCAAUCAGUGUUACCGCCUAUCCUCGCCAGGAAUUGCGUUUCGCUUACUAUGCUUGUGUAUAUUCAAGAGAAACGAUUGGUAUGCGUUGCGUUCAUGGUCUUCAAUGCGAUACAGAGCUGCAUAAGGCCCCCCGUGGGAUCAAACAAGGUCAACGUCAACGAUUUUGCGUACCGUCACGCCCAUCACUUACAUUGCUAGCCUUAUUUGCGGUCUUCGUCGGAGGACACAGCGAGCGAAUCGACUUACCGGUAUCACAGCAGUGCCGACGUCACAAACCCACCGUUUCCGCGGACGAUGAAUACGUUUAAUAGGCAGAACUCCUAUUAAUAGUUAAACCUACAUAGUAUCUGUCUUAUACACGUAGAUUGAGAGAAUUGCACUCGCUCGCAAGCCCAAUGACGUCGUUCCAAGCUUUACACCGCACUCGAGGACACGCCGGGGCACGUGCUAGCUCGCGUUUUCCUCAGUGCCGUCACCGAUUUUCGCCUGUGUGGUGCAGCGCCAAGCCAGACGUUGCGGAACAAGCCACGUCGGCUUUGGCGCCUGCAGCCGGCACCGAUGACUCAAAGCCAGCAUCUAACCGACCACGCGCGACAUUCAAGGCCAGCAAGCUAGGCCGUCAGCCAAUUGUGGAGGCGCAGAGGCCGCUAGCCGAGUACAUGUCGCUCCCCGCCAGCCAGUACUCGGUGCUGGAUGCGCGCCGCAUUGAGCGAGUGGACGAUGACACCUUCAGAUGCUACGUUGGCGAGCUGCGCUUCUUCUCGUGGAGUGUGGAGCCGGUGAUCACUGUGUCAGUGACGGUGGAGCCGGAGGAGGGCGGCUGCACCAUACGGCUGCUGGGGUGCAAGCUUCAAGGCAGUCCCUUUGUGGAGGAGAUUAACGACAAAUUCACAGCUACCAUGACUAACGUCGUACGACACAGAAGCAUACAGGGAGCUGACGAGGAAGCGGAGGACAUCGUCGCGGCGGCUCAGGCAGCAUCAGAAUCAGGCGGGUCUGGAGAGGCGGAGGGAGGCGGCGGGCAAGGGACGCAACCGAGUAUCAGCAGUGGCGGCAGUAGCGAAGGAGAAGCUGCUUCCGAACCCGCUGGCCCUGCCUCAACACGAGAAAUCGUGAGCGACACGACAAUCGAGGUGUGUGUGGAGGUUCCCCGCUGGUGCGGUUUCCUGCCUGUGUCCUCCCUGGAGGGUGCGGGCAGCGGGGUGCUGCAGGGGCUGCUGGCCGCCAUGGUCCCGCGCUUCCUGGCGCAACUGAGGCAGGACUACGAGCGCUGGGCGGCAGGGGACGAGUCGAGGAAGCCGGUGGGGGA